ACGUCAGGCGCUAGGCGUGCUGACGUUCAGCGCUGAUUUCAAAUGGGCGCUAUGAAUCAGAAGAUACGUGCAGGCUUUAGUAGGAAGCGAGCAUUUUAUUUAGUCCUUUUAACAGUGCGAUAACAUUUUGUAGUUCCACUUCAUCAUCGUCCUUUAAAAUGUCUGUACUAGAUGUCACCGUGUUUCCACAUGACUUUGCGUGGGGAGCUGCGACUGCUGCGUAUCAAAUAGAAGGUGGCUGGGAUGUGGAUGGCCGAGGCCCCAGCGUGUGGGACACAUUCUGUCAUGCCAAAGGAGGGGUGUUUGAAGACCAUACUGGAGAUGUGGCCUGUAACAGCUAUCAGCUCUGGGAAGAGGACCUGAAAUGUAUCCAGCAGCUGGGACUCACCCAUUACCGUCUGUCCAUAUCCUGGUCACGGCUCCUUCCCGACGGAACCACAAAUCACGUCAAUCCAAAAGGAGUGGCGUAUUAUAACAAAGUGAUAGACGACUUGAUUGCUUGUAACGUGAAGCCCAUGAUCACUUUGUACCACAUGGACUUACCACAGGCCUUACAGGAUCUUGGCGGAUGGAGCUCGACAGAGAUUGCAGACAUCUUUGAAAGUUAUGCCAGGUUUUGCUUUAAGACCUUUGGGGACCGAGUGAAGCUGUGGAUCACACUGAACGAGCCCUAUGUCUGUGCCAAGCUGGGCCAUGAGGACGGGACCUUCGCCCCUGGGAUCAAAGAUCCAGGGAUAUCAGUCUACUUGGCGGGUCAUAACAUGCUGCGUGCCCACACCAAAGCCUGGCAUACUUAUAAUACUCAUUUCAGGCCUUUACAAGCAGGGCAAGUAUCUCUUGCCCUGAACAGUGACUGGGCAGAGCCGUCAGACCCGGGCUGUCCCAAAGAUGCUGCAGCCACUGAGCGCUACAAGGACUUCACUCUGGGCUGGUUCGCCUGUCCUGUGUUUUGCACAGGAGAUUACCCAGAGUCCAUGAGGGCCAGGAUUGAGUCCAGGAGCUUGGAUCUGGGAUACAAGCAGGGCUCAAGGCUACCACGUUUCUCAAAAGAUGAGCCCUCUCCUCUGGGCACGGCGGAUUUCUUUGCACUGAACUAUUACACGUCUAGGAAAGUAAUAGAUUUAAAUGGUGGUAGUAAGAAGAGCGAGCUCAGUUUUGUGGGAGAUCAGGGGGCAGAGGGUGUCGUUGACCCAUCGUGGCCCAUUUGUGGGGUGCACUGGUUGGCCGUUGUUCCCGACGGAUUGCGGAAAUUGCUCAAAUAUAUAAAGGACGCGUACACCAGUCUGCCAGUUUAUAUCACAGAAAACGGCUUUUCCCAGAUGGGGCCGGUUCAGAUUGAAGAUGCCGACCGUUGUCGGUUCUAUCAGGACACUCUGCAGGAAGUUGGCAAAGCUGUCAGUCAAGAUGGAGUGAAUGUGAAGGGAUAUUUUGCCUGGUCUCUGCUGGAUAACUUUGAGUGGAGUCACGGCUACAGUGUGCGCUUCGGCCUGUUUCAUGUGGAUUUCUCUACACCUGAGCUGAAGCGCACCAGUUACCGCUCGGGCAGAGAGUAUGCUGCUGUGAUAUCCAAGCAUCGCUCCCAGACCUAACCCAAGAGCACUUCAUUCCUAACACAUUAAAUCUUGAAGAAGUGACGUCUAAUGUACAGUAAAUCCCAUAGUUAAUGGGAUAAUGAUGAGCCUAACAGUAUCAAAAGUGGUCACUCUACACAAAAAAUUAUAAUAAUAAUUGCUGUGAGUCACACAGUACUAUAACCACCAGCGGCGCCAGGGGGGGUCUUGGGGGGUCUCAAGACCCUGCCAAAAAAUGCCUUGACCCCCCAUUUGACCCCCCAGCCUCUUCCUGAUUAAAAAAUAUAU